AUGUGGAAAACUUUCUGUGCUCUUGUUCUUAUUGCUUCAAUGAUUGAAGCUAAACCACCACGAACUGAUGUUACUGUCUCAGGUACAUCAACUGUUGGCUCAAUGAUAAGUAAUAUGAUGACAGCUAUUGGUGCAUGUAUGAAAGGUCUAGCUACAUCUGUUUCCGUCACAAAUAUUAAAAAAAAUAAAUUAAAAUCAUAUAUUACAACUAAUACUCCUGAUUCAACCUCAAAUGUAAAAGAUAAUCUAGUAUAUAUAUUUCGUGGUAAAAAUGAUCAAACAGUUGUUACCACUGUUGUGCAACUCAAUGAACAAAUUUAUUCAAAAUUAGGUGCUAAUAUAAAACCUAACUGCGAUAUACCAGCUAACCAUGGUUUUCUAACAGAAAAUUUUGAUGAAAAAAGUGAAACACCUUAUGCAACUAAUUUUAUUAAUAAUUGGCAUGUACAGAGAAAUAAAUCAUUUAUUGGUGAUGUAUUUGCUAAGAAAGUAGGUUAUUUGGAGGUUGUUGAAUUAAAUAAUAUAAUUAUAUUAUUUCCACAAGUUAUUCAAAUAGCAUGGAAUUCUCAAAAUUCAAAGGGUUGUUUUGAUUGGUGA